CUAAAGCCUAAGCCUAAGCCUUCACACACGCACACAAAGAGACUGAAGGCAAAUACAAUUCCAUUCUAAGUGUAUUUCUUUCUCUAUAUCUCCAAUCUCUUCUCUCCCUCUCUCUCGCACUCAAAAUAGAUUUUUCUCCGCCCUCUUCACGGUGCCACCAAAGCUUCUGUACGUUCCUGGUAUUUCCUCUUCUGCUACUCGAUUAUUUGCAAGUCAAGAGCCUUCUCUCUUCUCUCUCUCUGUCUCUCUGUCUCUGUCUCUCUCUCUCUCUCUAUAUAUAUAGAUAUAUAUAUAGAUGCUCUCACAUUUAUAGUCUACCAGUUGGAAGUUUUGAAACUGUUCAGUUUCUAUCCACAAUUUAUCUCAUACCCAAUUCGGUUUACGCCGCUGCUUUGCAUUGGCAAAACCAAGGCGGCGCUUGCCAGACGAUUAGGGUUUGGAGUUUUGAUCUUAUUUGCUCAUAUUAAUUGGACCUUCGAGGGAUAGACCUUCUCUGGCUCUCCUUCCGUUGGGGGUAAUUUGUUUUGGUCUAUUCUGCACUGUUCAAACCCUAGGGAUUGUGGGUAUCAGUUUUCUUGCCGCCUUUUGAUGGUUGUCAAUACUGGGCUUCGGUUAUCGCUGUGUUUGGUUUAAUGGGUUUGAAUUUUUGUUCGACAAGUGCUCUGUUCUGUUCGUCUAUAUAGGGGAUUGGCAAGUUGUACUGUUCAAGCCCUUGGUUUUGUGCUCCGUCUCCUUGUGGGUUCCGGAUUUUGCCGUAUGGUUUUGCAUUAAGAGGGUUCUAUCUCUCUGGGUUUUCCUUAAUGGGUUUGAAGUUUCGUUCAACAAGUGCUCUGUUUCAUUCACCUGGUUACGAGGGUUAGUCGUGGUUGUUUUGUUCGUUGGUUGAAGAAGAUAGUCAUGAGAUGAGGGUCUUCUUACUUUGCUGUGCUUGAAUACUGGAGCCUCAGGCCCUUCUUGAUACCGUCCUUGUCUCAUUGGGCACUGGAAGGGCAAGCAAAUUUCUUAAUUGAGUUGUUAUUGAUCGGUAUGGUAUAUAGUGUACAGAGAGAAUGAAACCCUAGUAACAAGUGUACAGGAUAGUUUGGAUUCUUUUAUUUGGAAUUGGUUUUGGGACGUUUCCAGAUAUAACGAUUUUUGCCAGAUAGUGUCAUUAUUUCUGUUGUUUCUCGGAAAACAAGACUUGAUCCUGAGAGAAAAACUGAUAUUAGGUACAAGGUAGAUUGGUUGUGAAAAGACAGAGCAGUCUGCUGGUGGCACUCGGUUAUUUGUUAGGCAAUAAUUUGUGAGGGACAAGUUGGUAAAUAGAUUCAUUGUCUAGUUGAUAAUGCUUGGUAUUAAUCAUGGAAAGAAGUGAACCCACUUUAGUACCAGAAUGGUUGAAAGGCAGUGGAAGUGUAAGUGGCACCGGUACAAUGAACCACCAAUCAUCAUCAUCUUUGCUGCACUCAGAUGAUCUUGCUGCAUCGAAGCCUUCAAGGAGUAAGUCAUCAUUGAGCACAAACGAUAAUGACAUAGGACGUUCCUUUGUUUCUGAUCGAACUACUUCCUCCUAUUUUCGUCGUAGUAGCAGUAGCAGUAGCAGUAGCAAUGGUUCUGCUUACUCUCGAUCUCAUGGUAGUUUCAGUAGAACCAACCGCAACAGGGACUGGGAGAAUGAAAUAUAUGACUUUCGUGAUAAAGAAAAGUCUGGUUUGGGCGACCAUAGGCGUCAUGAUUACUCUGAUCCUCUAGAGAAUAUUUUACCUAGUAGGUUUGAGAAGGAUCUGAGGCGAUCACAAUCAAUGAUUAGUGGAAAACGAGGUGAAACAUGGCCCAAAAAAGUGCCAUCUAACUUGAGCAAUGCUAACAAAGGCAACCCUAACAAGAGCGGUGCUCUACCUGCUGGGACCAAUACCAUUAGCACUAUCCACAAGUCUGCAUUUGAGAGGGACUUCCCGUCUUUGGGGGUUGAAGAAAGACAAGGAGGUCCUGAAAUAGGAAGAGUUUCUUCUCCUGGGUUGUGUAAUGCCCUUCACAGCUUGCCACUAGGAAGUUCAGCUGUGAUUGGUGGUGAUGGGUGGACAGCUUUGGCUGAGGUACCUGUGGCAGUAGGAAACAAUGGUACUGCUGGGGCUGUUCAACAAGCUAUUCCUCCAACUUCAGUUUCUUUGCCUUCAACUUCGGCGAGUGGAAUGAAUAUGGCUGAAACUUUGGCCCAGGGCCCAACUCGUGCUCACACUACUCCUCCUCAGUUAUCUGCUGGAACUCAUAAGCUGGAAGAGCUAGCUAUUAAACAGUCAAGGCAAUUAAUCCCUGUGAUGCCAUCCUUGCCUAAAACAUUGGUGCCAAAAGUUGGGCAGCAGCAGCAGCCUCAUCAGAUCUCAUCUUCUAGCCUUGUUAAUCACUCUCCUCGUGGUGAGGCUGUGAAGUCUGAUGUUUCAAGGAUGUCUAGCGGGGGAAAGCUUCACGUGCUCAAACCUGCACGAGAAAGGAAUGGUGUAACUCCAGCUGUGAAGGAAAGCUUGAGUAGUCCUAGUGUCAGCAGAGUAGCCAGCAGCCCAGUAGCCGCGUCUCCUUCAGUAUCUGCUCCUUUGAGGAGCACAAGCAACAACCGUAACCCAUCCAGUGCUGAGCGCAAGCCAGUCCUCUCAAUUUUUGAUAAGCGGUCCACAUCUCAGUCUCGGAGUCGGAAUGAUUUCUUUAACCUUGUGAGGAAGAAAUCUAUGACUACCCCCUCUUCUUGUGCUGCUUCCGCCUCUCAUGUUGGCCCUGCUGUGCCAUCCUCUGUCACAGAUAAGUCUGAUGAAACAGAAACGGACUGUGCUACUGUUAUGCCUCAGGGUGGGGAUUCCCCUACAUCAAAUAGCUAUAUUGCAGAUGGGCCAACUAAGAGAAAUGAUGUUUGUAGCAAUGACGUGGCCUUUGACAGGCACUCUCUUAAUAGCAAACAUCAGGGUCUGCUUAACAAUGGGAAGGAUCAUUCAGGAACCAAUGCCUUCCUGUGGUCUGAGGAAGAGGAGAUUGCUUUUCUGUACUCGCUUGGGUGGGAGGAAAAUGCUGGCAAGGAUGAAGGUGCUCUUACUGAGGAGGAGAUCAGUUCAUUUUACAAGGAGGUGGAUGAGUGCAUCAAAAGGAAGCCAUCCUUGAGAAUGCGGUUAAAGUUUUUAUAACGGCUUGGCUUGGGACGCAUUGGUGGUGGUGGUGCUUCAGCUGGAUCAAGUUCGACUCUGACCCCAAGUUGAAAUCUUAAUUUUACCUUAUCUUUCGUUAGCUUUGGUAGGUUCUUAAAUUAAAGAAUGCAGAGUUUUUGGUUUUUGCUCCUAAAUUUUGGUUUCCCAAUUAAAAUUGAGUCAGAAAUAUUAGCAGUUAGUCGGUGCCACAAGAAGAGAAAUGGACAGAUAUUAUGCUUGUGUUGAUUUGGUGGGCAAGUAAAUUGGAAUAAUAAGAGAUGCAGAUAGUCCUGCUCCCAACCCCAACCCCAAUCCCAUUGUGCUGUUAGCUUUCUAUAAUCUUGUUGAUGCUAAAAGGUCUGAUAGAUUAGAAUAGGAAUAGGGUUUUGUUCUGGUCUGGAGAGAUAUAUAUAUAUAUACACAUACAUAUAUACAUAUAUAUGUAUGCAAGAAGCUGCUGACGGAAAUUGCUGAUCCAAACUGCUCCAGUUGCUUCAGUCUUUCUCAAAGGAAAAAAUAGGGUAUUUUGUUC